AUGAUUGAAUAAUAUAAGGUUCAUGAAUAAAUUGGACAAGGCGAGUUUGGAAAGGUCUAUAGAGCAACCAAUCUUCUUACUUAGACGGUGGUUGCCAUUAAAAGUGUCGAUGUGAUCAAAUUUAAUGAAACACCUAAAUUACUUGAAUUGAGCAUGCAAGAAAUAGAAGUGCUUUAAAAGCUUUAACAUUGUCCAUAUGUUGUUAAAUUCAUUGAAUUAAUUAAAGCAACUCAUCAAUAUCAUUUCGUUUAUGAAUAUUGUUCAGGAGGCCCACUCGAUAAAUUGUUGCUUUUGUAAGGACACUUUACAGAGAGAAAAUCCUUAGAGAUAAUUUAUCAAUUAAUUCAAGCAUUUAAGGUUCUUAGAGAAAACUCAAUCAUUCAUCGAGAUCUAAAACCAUCAAACAUUUUAAUCCACAAUGGAAUUUACAAAUUAGCAGAUUUUGGAUUCUGUAAACCCAUCAAAAACGAUGUUACAGCCACCAUGUUGGGAUCACCAAUAUACAUGGCCCCAGAAGUCCUCAGAGGCCUUUCCUAUAAUAGUAAGGCCGAUAUCUGGAGUCUGGGAGCUGUCCUAUAUGAAUUAUUGAUAGGUAAGUGUCCAUUCGAAGAGAAAUCCAUUGCUAAAUUAAUUACCGCUCAAGAUGAAUCCGAUUGGGUGAUACCUCCCCAAUUUCAUUUUACAAAAUAAACAAUCACUUUGCUGAAAUCAAUGCUCAUUAAAGAUCCAACUAAACGAUGCACUUGGGAAUACUUAUUCAAAAUUCCUUUAAAAAGUGAUGGGGAGUUUAGUGGAGAUUUGGAUCUUUAUUCGGAUAAACCAGAGCAGAAUAUUCUAUAGCCAUCUAAUAGUAAUACCAAUAAUGUAAGCAUCUUGUAAGAGAUCGUCAAUGAAAGAUGCAAAGUCUAAUUCAUGUGUUCAACUGCCCAUACUAUUUUGGAAUAGUCACAGAACAAAGAAUCUCCACUAAUAGCAUACUAUCUGUUGUUGUUGGCCAAUAACAGAGGGCAACAAUUGUUAAGUGUUAUCAAAAACCAAUGCACUACUGCUACUGAGUACUUUAGUUUAAACAAAUUAUCGAUCCACCUCAAAUAGUCAUAAGAUAAUCGAUUAUAAUCCAACUUUGAAUUCACACGAUUGGUUGAAACUAUUGCCAAGGAAGUUGAUUAAUUGAAUAAUGGAUUAAAAGAUUACAAAGUGAUAUUAGAUGCCUAAUCCCUAGAAAUUAGAGAUAAUUAUAGAUAGAAUAUUAAGAACUAUGUAAACCAAAUCAAAUAAUCUAAUUAUGUGGCUUUCUUAGAUACCAAUUAAGAAAAAACCCUCUUAUCCCAUUGUGUCUAAGUCUUAGAUGCAUUGUAAGUUGAUAAAUUUAUGAAUUCUAAUAUUGAUCCUACUAUGGAUGCUUAUUUGGAAAUUAGAUCAAUGACCAAAAAGUAGUUAUUAGAGAGAUUUGAUACUUUAUAAUGA